AUGACGGCCGCCUUGGUUGUUCAUCAACUCAGCUACGCAAACGACUUCGCUCUCCCAAACCAGUCCAUAGAAUUGGUCAGGUUCUGUAAUGCUUCUGAACGCUAUGGAAAAGACCUUAUACAUCCCACCGAAGCAUCCACACCACAAGAGCCCAUUCCUAAAAUUAUUCACCAAAUCUGGAAAACCAACGAUACAAGCACUUACCCAGGUUCGGGGGAGCGCAUACAAGCUUCAUACGAGACGUGGAAACAUACGAUGGAACCUCUCAACUAUACCAUCAAACUAUGGACAGACGAAGAUGUUCUCGAACUUAUAAAGACAGAAUACUCUUGGUUGCUAUCGACAUACGAGGGCUAUGCCCAGAAUAUUCAACGAGCCGAUGUGGCGAGACUGGUCGUUGUCCAUGCAGAGGGAGGCAUUUAUGCAGACUUGGACGUAUACCCCAGAUCGACUGAGGUGAUGUCCUGUAUGCAAAGCCUCGGCUUACAGGCUGUCUUCGCCCCGACAUCAAAUACUCUUGGACUCAGCAAUCACUUCUUCAUGGCACAGCGUGGCUCCUCCUUUCUCGAAUGGGCUCUCCAAGAAGCUAAGCGACGCGGCGGUGCGACCUCGAAACGAAUCCUCCUUCCCUACCUCCAGGUAUUCUGGUCGACAGGCCCGAUAAUGGUCACAUAUGCGUUCCAUCAGUACGCGUGGAUGUACAGCACAUUGCAUCACGGCGUGGCGUUGCUGGAUGAGGGAUACGCCCGGAAGCUGUUCGGCCACGCGGCAGGACGCUCGUGGCAUGGGUCAGAUGGGCAGUUCUUGAACUACGUAUCAGAUCACCUGGGAACUGUUUUGUUCUGGGUUACUGUGUGCCUAUCUGUGCUGUCUUUGGCGACCAUAAUCGUCCUUAAGAAGAGUCGCGGGAAGUCCAUUGACUUUCUUGUAGGUUGCGGAUCUGUUUGUAGGAAGAAGAGCUGGGUAACCAAAGUAUAA